GUGCGGUUCGCAAUGGCUGACGUGGAGAAAGAAGUCGAAAGCGCAGAAGCUGAAAAGGAGCCUGAAGUUGAGGAGGAGGAAGAGGAGGAGGAGGAAGAGGAACAGGAGGAGAUCACUGGAGGUCUUCUCCCUCAGGAUUUGAGCAAGCUCAAGAUAGAAGAGCUGAGUCCUCUCACCCCCGAAGUCAUCAGCCGUCAAGCAACGAUCAAUGUGGGAACCAUCGGUCACGUUGCUCACGGAAAGUCAACGGUUGUCAAGGCUUUGUCCGGCGUGAUGACCGUUCGUUUCAAGAACGAGCUCGAGCGUAACAUCACCAUCAAGUUGGGUUAUGCCAACGCGAAGAUCUACAAGCGCAUCAAUCCCCCUGACGAGAAACCUGGCCACUACAGGGCGUUCGGCUCUUCUUCCUUCCUUGACGAUAAGAAGCGCGUGAUUCUGCCCCUUGGAAAGCCAGGUGACACUAAGUGCAAGUACGAAGUCAAGACUGGUCCAGGAUCUUUGGACAAAUCUGCGUCUGAGGGGGAGUGGGAGCUGCUUCGCCAUGUUUCGUUCGUUGAUUGUCCCGGGCACGACAUUCUUAUGGCUACGAUGCUUAACGGUGCUGCCGUUAUGGAUGCUGCGCUCUUGCUCAUCGCUGGCAAUGAAUCUUGUCCUCAGCCCCAGACUGCAGAGCAUCUUGCUGCUGUGGAAAUCAUGAAACUGCAGAACAUCAUCAUCCUUCAGAACAAAAUCGAUCUUGUCAAAGAGAGCGCGGCCCUCCAGCAGUACGAUGACAUCAAGGCUUUCAUCGAGGGCACUGUCGCCGAGAAGUCUCCCAUCAUCCCCAUCUCUGCUCAGCUUCGCUACAACAUCGACGUUGUCGCCGAGUACAUGGCCAAGUGCAUCCCCAUCCCCAGCCGCGAUUUCACGAGCGACCCUCGCAUGAUCAUUAUUCGUUCCUUUGACGUCAACAAGCCCGGAGAAGAGGUGGAGGACCUGAAAGGAGGAGUGGCCGGAGGUUCUAUCCUCUGUGGUGUCUUGAAGAAGCAUGCGGAGAUCGAGAUCAGACCAGGAAUUGUCAAGAAGGAUCAGGAGGGAAAGGUCACCUGCCGUCCUAUCCUCAGUCGCAUCGUUUCGCUGUUUGCCGAGCACAACGAGCUCGAAUUUGCUGUACCUGGCGGCCUCAUCGGCGUCGGCACGAAGAUCGACCCGACGCUGUCUCGAGCUGACCGUCUUGUCGGACAAGUUCUGGGCGAGAAGGGGAAGCUUCCUGAAAUCUUCUCGGACCUGGAGAUCAACUACUUCCUUCUCCGUCGCUUGCUCGGCGUGAAGACGGAAGGAGACAAGAAGGCUGGAAAAGUUGAGAAGCUCACUAAGGGAGAAAUUUUGAUGGUGAACGUCGGAUCGACCUCAACUGGAGGAAACGUUAGGGCCGUCAAGGCUGACUUGGCCAAGAUCGAAUUGACUGUCCCGGUUUGCACGCAGGUGGGCGAGAAGAUCGCCUUGUCUCGCCGUGUUGACAAGCAUUGGCGUCUCAUUGGGUGGGGACAAAUUAACCGCGGCAGAAGAAUCGAACCUGAAUCUACCAUGUGAACUGAAAAAUUAUCUCUUAAGUACACAAGAACUUCUCAUGCAGUCCUGGCUAAAGUGGAAAGUGCUUCU